AAACCCAUACGCCAACCUGCUCGUGUUUGUGUUUACAAGCCAGGAUGUUAACCGUGAGGCGCAUCUGUACCUCGUCGAUUCUCGUUAACUUCAUGGGUGCGCGAAGGAUGAGCGACAGGCCGGCGCACCCCAAGAUCUACACUCGUACUGGAGAUAAAGGAACGUCGGUGACAUUCAGCGGUCAGAGGCGGAGAAAAGACGACGCUGUCUUUGAGGCUCUUGGUACGACGGAUGAACUGAACUCGCACAUUGGUUACAUUAGGGCAGUUCUACAGCAUGAAGAGCUCAGUGACCAGCUCAAGACGGUGCAGUGCCUCCUUCAGGACCUGCAGGCCUCCAUUGCAACCCCCAAGUCGUCUUCGUCGGAAGGACAGAGAGUGAAAACGGCCUUUCCUCCGGAGCACGUGGAAGAGCUGGAGCGGUGGAUAGACGGACAUACCAGCAACCUCAAACCCCUCAGGAACUUCAUCCUACCUUCUGGCAGUCCAUCAAGCUCGUCAAUCCACAUAGCACGGUCCGUGUGUCGGCGUGCUGAACGGAGGGUGAGCACGCUGGUUCAUGACAAUGAAGUGGAUGACGUCGUCAUGCGGUACCUGAACAGGCUGAGCGACUUCUUGUUCGUCGCAGCACGAGUUGCAGCCCAACACGAUGGUGCUGAAGAAGUUAUCUACAAGUAGCUUUGUGGAACUGUCUCCUGAGUUCAGUUAUGAGGACCUAUUUUUAUAAUAAAUUUAGGGGAAAA